AUGGCUGUCAUCACUGUUGACAUUGUUUCCGACACAAUAUGCCCAUGGUGCUUCAUCGGCUACAAAGAUCUUCAGAAGGCGAUCAAUUUGUACAAGAAGACGAUUCCUGGGGGAUCAAAGGAUGAGAUCGAUAUCAACUGGAAACCCUUCUUCUUGGACCAGGAAGCACCAAAAGAGAGCAUUCGAAUGGGAGAUCGAAUGCUGAAACGCAUGACUCCCCAGCAAGUUGCUGCUGCGCAGCAGCGACUGAGACGUGUCGGACAAGCAGCAGGCAUCAGACUCUCCUUCGACGGGUACAUUGGGAGUUCUCGGCUAUCACACCAGCUAAUCUAUGUGGCAAGGAUGAAAAAAGGAUCUGCGAUGCAGAGCAGAGUGACGGAAACGAUCUUCGAGUACCAGUUCGAACGGGGAGCAGAUCUCAGUCGACUAGGAACAGUGCUUGAGGUGGCAGUCGAAGCCGGUCUCGAUAAGGAUGAAGUUCAGGGCUGGUUUGAGGAUGGUCUUGGGCUGUUGGAGGUAGAAAAGGAAGCCCAAGAGCAAAGGGAGAAUGGGAUACAGAGUGUCCCACAUUUCAUUAUUGGACAACAUCAUGUCGAUGGUGCGGUGGACAUUGGAGCCUUCUUGGAGAUGCUUGGAGAAGCAAAACAAGACAAAAAGCAAGAGUGA